ACGCGGGCCGGCGGUGCGUGCUGGGGCACGGCGGCGGCAGCCUAAAGCAAUCGAGGCCGGAGCAUGCGGCGGCGCCUGGUGCACCUGGACCUGAAGGGCGCCGCGCCCCGCGCGCCUUACCUGGAACAGGUGCUGCCGCUGUUCCGUGACCUCGGUGCCACCGGGGUGCUGAUGGAAUAUGAGGACACUUUUCCGUAUACAGGACCGCUGGAGCCGCUGCGGGCACCGCACGCCUACAGCCCCGCGGAGCUCCGGGCUGUGCUGAGCCGGGCGCGGGCGCAGGGCCUGGACGUGGUGCCGCUGGUGCAGAGCUUCGGGCACAUGGAGUUUGUGCUGAAGCACAGGGAGUUCGCUCAUCUGCGGGAGGUGCCGGCGCUGCCCAACGCCCUGAACCCGCACAAGGAGGAGUCUCUGGCGCUGGUCAAGGCCAUGAUUGACCAGGUCAUGGCCCUGCACGAGGGCCUGGAAUGGUUCCACAUCGGAUGUGAUGAGGUCUACUACCUCGGUGAAGGAGAGGAGUCAAAGCAGUGGCUGCAGCAGCCAGACAACACCCCAGAGAAGCUGUGCUUGGCCCACAUAAAGGCAGUUGCCAGUUGUGUGGCCUCAUCUUACCCCAGGGUGACUCCCAUCGUGUGGGACGACAUGCUCAGGGGGAUGAGUGAGGAAACACUGGCAGACUCCGGGGUCCCACAGCUGGUGCAGCCCAUGAUCUGGGACUAUGCAGCCGACCUGGACGUGGAAGGCAAAGUGCAGCUCAUAGAGAAGUAUCGGAGAUGUGGCUUCUCCAAGGUGUGGUUUGCAAGUGCCUUUAAAGGAGCCACAGGAGUGAAUCAGUCCCUCACACUUAUUGGGCACCACCUGAAGAACCACCUGGAGUGGCUGGAAGUGGCCAGCAGGACCCCCCCUGAUGUCCUUGAAGGUAUCGCCCUGACCGGCUGGCAGAGAUAUGAUCACUUCUCUGUUUUGUGUGAGCUUCUCCCAGUGGCAAUUCCAUCCCUGGCUGUGUGUCUGCAGGCACUAAAGAAUGGUGGCUACUCUGAAAAGGUUAAAGAAAAUGUGGAAAAGCUCCUGGGAAUGUCUAACCUGGAAAUUGAUACUUACAUGAGCACAAGUCUGGGCACCUUUCCUGGGAGCAACAUCCUCACCCUUGUGACACAAGUGAGUUUCUACCUCAAGUCAUCAGUGGAUGAACUUCUUGAAAGGAACAGGUAUGUCACAGGCUGGUUCAGCCCCUACCACAGGAAAAGGAAGAUUAUUCAUCCUAUAAUAAUGCACCUCUUCCAGCCAGAUGCAGUCAGUCUCCUCUCCAAGUGGAAUGCUGUGGUGCAAGACCUCCAAAGAGCCAUGGAGCAAGUUUUCCACCAGUGUGCUAUAGAGGAGUGGAUGGAGGAGAACGUCCACCCCAGCCUACAGAAGCUGCAGCAAGUGGUGGAUGAUUUAGAUGAAGCAAUAAAAGCACAAAAUUAGGGGCACUUCAAUUAGUCUGUCUCAUUCCAUGGGAAAACAAGGCUAGUGGAAAUCAGCAACGAGUCAUGGAGCUGGAGUUUGUCAUCUGGAGAGCUGAACUGUGAUUAAACAACAGUGACCCGAGGGCAAGAAGGAAUUUACUGGUGUAAUAGA